GUAAUCGUUUUCCCAAACUUUGGGCACAGUUCGUCGCGUAAUACGUGUACGGUGGCUUAUUUAUUUGAAAACGUUUCAUAUUUUUUAGUCUCAUUUUACGCGAAGACAAAGUACAACGAAUUUGAUAUUCAUAUCACUUCAGUCAAUUUCCUAUUUCAAGUACAAUAUUAAGAAUAUAAUAAUAUGAUUCAUUGUUGUGUUGUCAUCGCGUUCGAGUGCUACAUUACGCUGCAGUGAUGAUGAUGAUGAUGUUGUUGUUCAGUCCGAAGUUUGAAUUAAAUUCGGUAAUGUUCGCGACUUGCCUAUUUUUAUUAUUAGGUCGAUGAAGCUGAUUCGUGAAUGUUGGAUACGAUGCCGAUAAAGUUCCAUCAACUAGCAGAUCAGUUACCAAGCAUGUUUAAUUUUCGUCAUUGCAAAUUGAACAGGAAAAUUGUUUAAAAAGAUGUUAUUCAUAUUCCAACAUUCUUGUCAAGAUGUAUGGAUAUUCAUGACUUCAGCGUUUGUGAGCAUUUUUAGUAUGCAGUGUUAUGCCGAUAUAUCAGUUUACGAUGCUCGAACAAAUCAACAGAUCGAUGGGGGAUAUAUGGCAAUUGCUUCGAAAUUCGGACCGCCUUUUCCACCGGAAGGAUUCGAGGGUAUGAUCGUAAAGGCGAGUCCGGAAGAUGGAUGUCAAGGUAUAAUACCUCCGCCCACAAGAAGUAUCAAUUAUACUGGUAAAUGGAUUGCACUAAUCAGAAGAGGAACUUGUACUUUCGACGAGAAAGUGAGAAAUGCUCAAAAUGCCUCUUACGAUUUGGCUAUCGUUUAUAAUAAUUCCAGUGAAAUAAGUAUGUACACAGUAGAGCCAAUGCAUGCCUCCAAUGGUUCGGAUAUCAGAAUAUAUUCGGUAUUUGUAGGUUUGCAUACGGGAUUAAAACUCGAAAGGAGUUAUUUAUAUGUGAACGAAGUUUACGUUGUUAUCGAAGAUGAUUCUAAUUUCCCUUUCGAUAUAAACGCCGAUUUAAUUAUUCCUUUUGCCGUUGUAGUCGCUGUGUGUUUUAUCACGAUGAUUAGUUUUAUGAUAUGCAAAUGUAUACGAGAUAGAAGAAGAGCUCGUAGGCAUCGGUUACCAACGUCUUCGUUACGUAAGCUACCUAUUGAAAAAUUUUCAAAAGGUAGUCCUUACGAAACGUGUGCCAUUUGUUUAGACGAUUAUAUCGAUGGAGAGAAAUUACGAAUUUUACCCUGCCAACAUGCGUAUCAUGCCAAAUGUAUAGAUCCUUGGUUAACUCGAAACCGUCGUGUAUGUCCGAUUUGUAAAAGAAAAGUAUUCGCCGCCGAUGAACUACCUCAUGAAGGAUCUGACUCGGAUUCAGAUAGCGAUAACGAUGAACGAACACCAUUAGUCAGAUCUGAACCUCAACAAAGGCCAUUCCGAAGGCCGUUACUUUUACCUUGGCAACCCCGUGUACAUAAUCCUAGCAGUAGCGCGAGCAGUCGAAGCUCCGUUGGUGAAAGCGAAGGUACAUCUCGUCACUUGAUGCCGGCUCGUGCUAUACGUUCUGUAAAUUCAGCCGAUGACGAUUCCAUUUUAGAUUUGUCGACGUCCGGGUCUUUGUAUUCGUAUAACAGCACCGGGCAUGGAUCAGUGAAUGCGCUUCAGUUACCCCAAAGUAUCGUUUUUAGCGAUGGUAUUAGUCAGAGUGUUUCGAUCGAGUCAGAAGUAGUCCGAGAAUCAGAUAAUAAUUCUGAAAUAGCUCGAAACGUUUGAGGAAAAAACAAAAUCAUGUGUUUUAUACGAAUUGGUUAGUAUGGGUGUAUCGAAGAAAGUACACAUCAUUGAUUGAUUGAUUGAGUACGACCAAUGACGGAUUGAAACGAUAUAACGUGUUUUGUUUUCAGAAAUUUAGCUAGGCUGAAGCUAUUCCUUUUAUUUUCUUAGACUUAUAGCAAGGACCUGAGACAAUUGUUAACCACAUACUUAUAAAAAAAUCGUAUUAAUCAUUUUUUUUGUUAUUUUAAAUUUCAAACUCAUGUAAAGUAAGGCGCUGUUAGGUUUGAAUUUUGAACAUUUUAUACAGUUAGUGUCUUUUUUUUUUAUCUAUGUUAACGGUUGUACAUUAUUUUUAUUUACGUUGUACCUAUUUGAUAAUUUAAAUUUUUUUAUAACAGACUGAAAAGUUUUUUUUUAUCUCAGUGUGUGCGCGAAUCUGUUGAUGAAAAUUCGAGUUUUUUUUUUAGCUUGUUGAUGUGAAACCAAAAAUAUAUAAGAUUAUUAUUA